CUACCUUAAAAGAGACUGUUGAUUCAAGAUGCCUUCUAACAGGAUAUAAUGCUAAUAUAAUCCCAUUACCAGAUUCUUGUAAUCAUUGCUAUAAAAAACUUGAUGAAGGCAAAGUAUUAAUCUGUGGGUAUAGUUAUCAUUUUAAAUGUUAUCAAAUAAUAGAAUAUGGAUGUCAACAUUGUGAGGAAUAUUAUAAACGUAAAAUUUAUAGUAAUGUAAAUUCUUUUUUAGAUCGAUUAGAAAAAGGUCCAAAUAUUCUUACUUCUGAUGAACAAGAUGCAACUCUAAUAGAAGAAAAAAAUAAGGCAGUGGAAGAAGUAGAAGCAAAUAGGAGUCAAGAA